AGAUUUAAAAAAAAGAUUAAAAAUGGCAAAGUUGGAGUUAUUUGAAAGGAAGACCUUAUCAGAAGUUGAGAAGAACCCUCUUUGGUUAGUUUUCUGUGAAUCGGAAGCAUAAUAAUGCCGUCUGCCACCAUUGUCUCAGCUCCCUCCUACGUCUUCCCCUUUCGUUCUUCCACUUCUUCCAUUUCUCCAACUGCGAUAUCGCUCACUAAACGGACAUGGAAGCCGAGAAUCCAGACCAUAAGCUUCGGAAAAUGCGUGGUCAGAGCCACCGUCUCGAUAGAGAAAGAGACGCCGGAGGCGGAGCGUCCCGAAACGUUUCUCAGAGGAGUGGAUGAGGCCCAAUCUUCUUCCUCCGUUCGGGCCCGCUUCGAGAAGAUGAUUAGGGAGGCCCAGGACAGUGUCUGCAGUGCCCUUGAGGCCGCUGAUGGUGGCGCCCAGUUCAAGGAGGAUGUUUGGUCCAGGCCCGGUGGCGGCGGCGGCAUUAGCAGGGUUCUUCAAGACGGCGCCGUUUGGGAGAAGGCUGGUGUUAAUGUCUCUGUCGUUUAUGGCGUUAUGCCACCUGAUGCUUAUCGUGCUGCCAAGGGUGCUCCUACCGAUCAAAAACCUGGUCCUGUACCGUUCUUCGCUGCGGGAAUCAGCUCCGUUUUACACCCAAAGAACCCGUUUGCUCCUACGCUACAUUUCAAUUAUCGCUAUUUUGAAACCGAUGCUCCUAAAGAUGCUCCUGGUGCACCCAGACAAUGGUGGUUUGGUGGGGGGACUGACCUGACACCAGCUUAUAUUUUUGAGGAGGAUGUUAAGCACUUCCACUCAGUUCAAAAACGUGCCUGUGACAAGUUUGAGCCUACAUUUUACCCUCGAUUCAAGAAAUGGUGUGAUGAUUACUUUUAUAUCAAGCAUCGAGGUGAAAGAAGAGGGCUUGGAGGGAUAUUUUUUGAUGAUCUGAACGACUAUGAUCAGGAGAUGCUACUUUCCUUUGCUACUGAAUGUGCAAAUUCUGUUAUUCCUGCUUAUUUACCUAUCGUAGAGAAAAGGAAGGAUUUGCCCUUCACAGAGCAUCAGAAAGCAUGGCAACAAUUGCGAAGGGGCCGAUAUGUUGAAUUCAAUUUGGUAUAUGACAGGGGUACAACAUUUGGACUGAAAACUGGGGGCAGGAUAGAGAGUAUUCUUGUUUCUCUCCCACUGACUGCUCGGUGGGAAUAUGAUCAUAAACCAGAAGAAGGAAGUGAGGAAUGGAAACUCUUGGAUGCGUGCAUCAACCCCAAGGAAUGGAUCUAAUUCCUCAGUUGACCCCCAAUCUCAGCUUUUACUAAUAAUAAGAGAGUUUGUUUUUUUGGUGUAUAUCGUCACAACUAUUAGCAUGUUGUAGGUGGAUUGUAAAUCGCGUGUUUCGCUCGAGUCAUCCGUGUAAAGCGUGAAAUGCAGGCAAUUGUAAUCUCUAGGCCGCAUCCUCAUACUAGAUAACUUCAUUGCCACUGUACUACACCUCAGACUAGUAAUUCAGCAUGUUACGUUUUAAGGGUAUAAUGUCUUUGACUGAAAUAUUGUGUAAUUGAAUUUAAAUAAGCAUUUAAAAUUUCCGGUGUUCA